GGCCUGUGGAUGACCUAAAGUCAGUGGGAGGCGGUGAAGCAGCAGGAGCCAUGAAGAACAAUAACUCUACAGGGAAGAAGCCGGGGAAACCUUCCCGAUGGCACCGGCGCAGGUUCAGGCGCAAAGUUCCCUCUGAGGUGACCGUGAAAGGUCAGCUGCGGAUGCGCUCCCCAUCAGGGGCCUUCGUGAUGGUGGGCAUCUCAGUGGUCCUGGUGGGCAUGACCAUAGCUGUGAUUGGCUACUGGCCUCACCGCAGCCCCCAUGGGACACGGUCUGGAAGCAGGCUGGGCAACUCCAGCACCACAGACGAUCUCAAGAAGGAAGUGAAAGUUUCUCCUCAUCCCCGCCUCUUCCCGUACAGUGAGAAGCUAAAGCUUAUUGGACCUGUGAUCAUGGGCAUUGGUCUCUUCAUCUUCAUCUGUGCCAACACCAUGCUGUAUGAGAACAGGGAUAUGGAGACCCGCCUGUUGAUGCAGAGGGAACUCUAUUCUAUGACCCUGGGUUUCCCUCAGGAUGCUAGCCAAGUCAGCAGUUACUUCCAGCGGAGGCUAACGCCAUCCACCUUUGAGGCCGAUACAAGAUGUGUAGAAGGCUGCUAUGAAGUGGACCUCUCCUCAGGCGACUUCCGGUCUUGUCCAAGCCCUGUGAAGAAAUGGGCUAAUGCUUACAGAGCCAGUAGGCUUCAGACAACAGCUCAGUUCCUUCACCAUGUCUCGCCUUCUGCUUCCCUGGUCAGCGUCCACUCAGAUUCUGGUAACUCUGCGCGAGGAAAACCCAGCUGGAACCCCAGCCUAUCCUUUCCUCAUGGAGGAGAGUCUGUCAUCUCCUCAGCCGUCAAUGCCCUGUCGCUGCCUCUCAUUAAGCUCAACAACUGUCUUCUCGAAAACCAGGGUGUCCCUCCGGUCCAGGACUCGGAAGGCUGUUGCGUUCAGUUGCCAGAGGAGAAAGAGGAAGUGCUGAGGCUCUCAUGGACUGUCUUGCCUGGGGGUGGCAGCAGCAUCUCAUCCAGUAGAGACGACCUCCAUGGCAGCCAUGUCACGAUAGAUAUGGAUGGUGGGUCUCCCUCUGCUGCCUCGUUCGAAAAACUUUUGCAUGCUGAAUGUGCAAAGAGGGGGUUCAGCUCAGACACUCAGAUCCCUGUGUCGGGUCACUCCAGAUCCUUCGAUCUCGGCCAGCCAGGGGUGCAGUUGGUGGCUCCGGCUAAAGAAAGGAAGCACAGGAGCUGGCCAAGGCUUGAUCGGAUUGGCUUGGUCAACUGUGCGAAACUGGGAAGCAAAGGCGAGUCCUCUGAUCGACUUUUGGAGGCAGCCAGGGAUCUUGCUGUGGGGGGGAGCGGACAGAAUUUUCAGUAGGUUGUAAUGGAAGCAGGAGCUGGGGUCUGAUUCUGCUGCA